AUGAUGUGCGAGGUGAUGCCGACCAUCAGCGAGGGGGACUCGGCUGGUCCCCCGAGAGGAGCCGGCAGCGUCCUGAAUGGCUCCGAGCAGGAGGCCAACUUCGAACAGCUGAUGGUCAACAUGCUAGACGAGAGGGACAAGCUACUCGAGUCCCUCAGGGAGACCCAGGAGACCCUCAUCCAGUCACAGACCAAACUACAGGGGGCGCUGCACGAGAGAGACGUGCUGCAGCGUCAGAUCAACGCAGCCCUGCCUCAGGAGUUUGCCACCCUUACCAAGGAACUGAACAUAUGCCGAGAGCAGCUGCUGGAAAAAGAGGAGGAAAUAUCGGAGCUGAAAGCUGAACGGAACAACACCAGGCUGCUUCUGGAGCACCUGGAGUGUUUGGUGUCUCGUCACGAACGCAGUCUCAGGAUGACAGUUGUGAAGAGGCAACCCCCCCCACCAUCUGGAGUCUCCAGUGAGGUUGAGGUCCUCAAAGCCCUCAAGUCAUUGUUUGAACAUCACAAGGCUCUGGAUGAAAAGGUGCGUGAGAGGCUUCGCGUGGCUCUGGAGAGGGUGUCCACCCUGGAGGGGCAGUUAUCAGCGACCACACAAGAGCUGAGCAUGGUGAAACAACGGAAGGAUGGUGACUCAGGGGAUCGGACUGACGGAUCCAAACCUGCAUGGAAGCGACUACCAAAUGGCUCCAUAGAUGUUCACGAUGAUGGCAGCCGUGUGUCUGAGCUCCAAGAGCUGCUGGACAGGACCAGUAAAGAGCUGGCCCAAACCCGUGAACACUCUGCCUCUCUUAACGGUCGUGUGGCCGAGCUGGAGGCCGAGCUGGCCAGCGCACGGCGAGAGCUGAGUCGCAGCGAGGAGCUGUCAAUCAAACAGCAGAGAGAGCAGAGAGAGAGAGAAGACAUGGAGGAAAGAAUAACAACAUUGGAAAAACGUUACCUUGCCGCACAGCGAGAAACGACACACAUCCACGACCUCAAUGGCAAGCUGGAGAACGAGCUGGCCACCAAGGACUCGCUGCACAGACAGAGUGAGGAGAAGGUGCGCCAGCUACAAGAGAUGCUGGAGAUGGCAGAGCAGAGGUUGGCUCAAACCAUGAGGAAGGCUGAGACGCUGCCAGAGGUGGAGGCUGAGCUGGCGCAACGAGUGGCGGCACUGUCCAAGGCUGAGGAGCGCCAUGGCAACGUGGAGGAGAGGCUCAGACAGCUGGAGUCACAACUGGAAGAGAAAAACCAAGAACUAGGAAGGGCUCGUCAGCGGGAGAAGAUGAACGAAGAACACAACAAGCGUUUAUCCGACACCGUGGACCGUCUCCUCACGGAGUCCAAUGAACGGCUGCAGCUCCAUUUGAAAGAACGCAUGGCUGCGCUGGAGGACAAGAACUCCCUUAUUCAAGAUCUUGAGAACUGUCAGAAACAGCUGGAAGAGUUCCACCACACACGGGAACGUCUGAUUGGCGAGAUUGAGAAACUGAGGAACGAGAUUGACCAUUUGAAACGCCGAAGUGGGGCAUUUGGAGAUGGAAGUUCAAGUCACCCUCGGUCUCAUUUGGGCAGUGCAAGCGACCUUCGCUUCUCCGUGGUGGAGGGUCAAGAUGGCCAUUACAGCACAACUGUGAUCAGGCGGGCGCAAAAAGGCAGACUCUCUGCACUACGCGAUGAUCCAAACAAGGACUAUCCUUCGCUGCGAGGGAGCGUCAGCCACCUCCUCGGAAGUGACAUCGACCCCGAGUCCGACCUGGAUGACGACGUUAGCUCCACCAUGCUCUCCCCAAGCGGACAAUCGGACGCUCAGACUCUCGCUCUAAUGCUGCAGGAGCAGCUUGACGCUAUCAAUGAAGAGAUAAGAAUGAUCCAGGUAGAGAGAGAGUCAGCUGACUUGCGCUCGGACGAGAUCGAGUCCCGUAUGAACAGUGGUAGCAUGGAUGGACUCAACGUGACGCUUCGACCACGGGCGCUACCAACGUCGGCCACGGCGCAGUCUUUGGCGUCAUCCUCGUCGCCGCCCACUAGCGGCCACUCAACGCCGAAACAUCACGCACGCAACACCAGCCAUCAUCUUGGCAUCAUGACUCUGCCAAGUGACUUGAGGAAACACCGGAGGAAAGUUGCAUCACCAGUGGAGGUGGACAAGGCAACGAUCAAGUGUGAGACGUCGCCUCCUUCCUCGCCGCGCAGUUUACGUCUGGAAACCAAUUUCACUCAGUUCACAGGCAGUCUGGAGGAUGGACGAGGCAAGCAGAAGAAAGGUAUCAAGUCAUCUAUUGGCCGGUUAUUUGGGAAGAAAGAGAAGGGGGGUCGAAUGGAGCAGAACAGGGAUUUUGCCAGGGAUGGACAACCCCUACCAGCAUUAACAGACUUUGACAUGGCUGUUGGAGACACUAUGACUCUGGGAAAACUGGGCACCCAGGCAGAAAGGGAUCGCAGGAUGAAGAAAAAACACGAGCUCCUGGAAGACGCCAGAAAAAGAGGUUUACCGUUUGCCCAGUGGGACGGCCCAACUGUUGUCUCCUGGCUAGAGCUGUGGGUGGGCAUGCCAGCAUGGUAUGUGGCAGCGUGUCGCGCAAACGUGAAAAGUGGAGCCAUCAUGUCCGCCCUGUCGGACACCGAGAUCCAGAGGGAGAUCGGCAUCAGUAACCCCCUUCAUCGACUCAAACUGCGCUUGGCCAUCCAGGAGAUGGUCUCGCUCACCAGCCCCUCUGCACCUCUGACCUCCAGAACGUCCUCCGGAAAUGUGUGGGUGACUCACGAAGAGAUGGAGAACCUGGCUUCAUCCACCAAAGCGACGCUGGCGUAUGGAGACAUGAAUCACGAGUGGAUAGGGAACGAGUGGUUGCCAAGCCUUGGCCUGCCUCAGUACCGCUCCUAUUUCAUGGAGUGUCUCGUGGACGCGCGCAUGCUGGACCACCUGACCAAGAAGGACCUGAGGAGCCACCUCAAGAUGGUGGACAGCUUCCACAGGGCGAGUCUGCAAUAUGGGAUCAUGUGCUUGAAGAGACUCAAUUAUGACAGGAAAGAAUUGGAGCGCCGGAGAGAAGACAGCCAACACGACAUGAAAGAUGUGUUGGUGUGGACCAACGAACAAGUGAUCCACUGGGUCCAGUCCAUUGGUUUGAGGGAGUACAGCGGCAACCUGCUGGAGAGCGGCGUUCACGGGGCGCUGGUCUCCCUGGACGAGACCUUCGACUACAGCAGCCUGGCGCUCAUCCUGCAGAUUCCCAUGCAGAACACACAGGCCCGGCAGGUUCUGGACAGGGAGUUCAACAACCUGUUAGCCUUGGGGACCGACCGCCGACUCGAGGAGAGCGGAGACGACAAGUCCUUUCGUCGCUCUCCGUCGUGGCGCAAGAGGUUUCGAGCCCGGGAGGGGGUGGCGGGGUUGGGGAUGAUGGCGGGCUCCAUGGAAACGCUGCCCGCUGGCUUCCGCAUGCCCUCCAUGUCCAUGCCGCCCUCCAUGAAUCUCAUGCCCAAAAAGCAGCUCCAGCCCGAAGCUCCGCCCCCGGCGUCCCCGAGGCUCGACCCCUCGACAGUGCGGACCUACUCGUGCUAACUCGCUUUGGCUUACUAACAGGAACCCUGAUGCUAACAGUGCAUCUUCAUUUCCUGUAUGGACACGUGCUUGUGGCCUUCUGAGAGUGUGCUACCAGGGUGCCAGUGGGGCAGGGGGUUCACUCCUGUGACGGCCGGCCCCACCUCGCGACUUUCACGCCUCACUUCGGACACGUGCAAUACUGAGGCCGAGUCUGACCCUUGAACUCUUGAGAGCGGCCGCGAGCUGCUCUCGCUGCUGUAAAGAAGACUCGCCUCUGGUCUCUCCCAGUUGAACCCAGUGCUCCCAGUAGCCUUGUCAUUGUGGUUUUUUUGUGCUCCCCGAAUUUCAGCUGUGGGUCAUCAUCAUCGUCCUCUUCCUAAAGUCUCAACAUGACCGACACACCACUACAGAUUAUCCUUCUAUCGGUUAUGCAAGGUAUUACUCAAUGAUCGUAUCUGUACUGUAUAUAAAAUGGAUGAUUACGUUUUUUUUAUAAAGUAUAUAUAAAUAUAAAUAUAUAUAUAUAUAUAUAGGAAAUAUAUAUGGAAAAAUGAUAUAAUGGCUGUAUGAAACCUAUCGCCCUGUAUUCAGUAGUGACUGUUCUCUCAUGAUUUCUUUGUCUUUGUGUCAGCGUGUCUUGCUGUAUGAUGUAAGUGUGCGAAGUAUCAGUGGGAGGAGCUGACGACAAAGUGUCACUACGAGUUCUCCUCACAGGUUCAUGGGUCCAAUUUCAGACUUCUCUGUUCCCUUCCAUGCUGUCCUCCUCUUUUGACACCAUGCCCCCCUCCCCUUUCCUGCGUGACACUGUGUAGCCUAGAGUGGAGAGGAUGCUGUUAUCAGAGGAGUGUGCGUGUGUGCGUGCGCGUAUAUGUGAACGAUACGAUCAUCCGACCCGCGCUAUGUGGCUGUUUGGUGUAAACACUGUAGCUCCUCUCUGCCGCUGCUCUGCAUCAUUUCGAUUAUAUCGUGUGAUAAUGUGAAACUGCUCCAAAUGAUUGCCGAUUCCUGUCCAAUCACUUCCUGUUUAGUUGCCAUGGAGACAUGCCAGUGAGGAGUCAGUACUUUUGGCUGCCCUCAUUCAGUGAAAACACACUAUAUGAACCAAGUGAAGUGCUGAAUAGGUGUACAAUUGUUUCUCUAGUUUAGUUUUUUAUUUUUAUUUUUUUUUCCAAGGUGUCUAAAAGGUGUAAUGUGCUAUGUGGCAGCUAUGAGUACUGUGUGUUUACUCCAGGUGUGAAACAAUGCUGACAUAUCAAGAUUUUAUUAUUUGGCUAUUUAAAAAAAACAAAGUACUG